UUCCGUAAAUUCAAAUGAACCAACGGACAUUCCAUCCUUCUGCGGGAAUAUUUUGGUAUUUUGGGGCGUGCUCUUUGGCGGUGUCAGGUAAAACAGACGGGUCUGGACAGAUCAAUGCGGAAGUUAUCUUUACAGCCAGGGAUAAUCAGCUCUCUCUCACUUCAGACACUAUUUUCGCGAAAUAUUGAACACAGCACGAAUAGCCAACUAUGAGAUAUAUAUCCCAGCACUGAUUAACGAGACCGAGAACUUUACAACAUGCGAAGGCGAGACGCAGGUCUGAGGGAGCGCGAGUACGAGGUACCUCUGAAUCCUAGGUAUAUGAACAUUACCCAAAAGAUUCAGGAUCCCUCCCUCAGCACAACGAGUAUGCGUCAAGACGAUUUGAGAAAAUCAAGUCAGUCUUCUGGGACUGAGACUAACGCUGCUCCAUCAACCACUGAGCAAUUUAGUGUAAAGGAUGUCAAUCGCAUUUUGAUGGAAUUUCUCAUGUAUCUAGUGAGAAUACUCAUUGUAUGUUACCCAGUUUACUUGACUGGCUACUUUGGACUAAGCAUCAGCUGGGUUUUGCUUAGCCUAUUAUUGUGGACAAAGUGGAGGAACAACCGAAAAUGGAAGGAGAUGCGCUUAGACACUGCUGUGGGCUUUUUGGAGAAUGAAGAACAAGUGAUCAACAAAGAAGUGAAGGCCCUCAACGAUCCUGCAUGGAUUCAUUUCACAGAUAUUGAGAAUGCUCACUGGAUUAACAAGGUUCUUCAGCAAGCAUGGCCAUUUUUUGGCAUGUUUAUGGAGAAACUUCUCAAAGGGAGCAUUCAGUCAACCGUCCGAAUGUCAAGUCCACAUCUUAAAACCUUCUCCUUCACUAAGAUCCAUUUUGGGCAAAGGCCUCCUAGGAUCACUGGUGUGAGGGUUUACACACACGAGGUGGACAAGAGAGAGGUCAUUCUGGACCUCAACAUUGUGUAUGAUGGGGAUGUGGAUAUCGACACUGAGGUGAAUCCUGCAAUCGUUGCUGGAGUUAAAGGGCUUCAGAUAGAAGGAAUGCUUCGGGUGAUUCUGGAGCCCCUUAUUGGCCAGGCUCCAUUAGUGGGUGGGGUUACUAUGUUUUUUAUCCGUCGCCCAACACUGCAGAUAAACUGGACUGGGAUCACCAAUCUUCUGGACACUCCUGCUUUUCGCUCUCUUUCUGAGCCGGCCAUCUUGGACAUCAUCGCUUCUAUAAUGGUGUUGCCCAAUCGAAUGUGCAUUCCCCUCCUAGAGCAGGUCAAAAUGGACCAGAUGCGUUUCCCCCUGCCUCGAGGUGUAGUGCGGGUAAGGUUGCUGGAGGCCAAAGAUCUGAUGGCCAAGGACACCUAUAUGUUGGGUCUAGUGAAGGGGAAAUCAGAUCCCUAUGCGAUACUACGAGUCGGCAAUGCCCAAUACAAAAGCAAGACCAUAAAGGAAAAUCUUAAUCCACAUUGGGAUGAAACAUAUGAGUUUGUGGUCCAUGAAGCUCCCGGACAAGAGCUGGAGAUGGAGCUUUUUGAUGAGGACCCAGACAAAGAUGACAAAUUGGGAAGAUUUAAUUUGGAUUGUGGGGAAGUGAAGCGAAAGAAACAAAUGGAUGAGUGGUUUAAACUGCAAAGUGCAAAGACUGGUAUGGUCCAUCUGCAGCUGCAGUGGCUCUCUCUGCAGACAGACCCAGGCCUUCUAAUGGCGACACCUCAAGGUUGUGCUUGUGCUAUGCUGGCAGUUUACCUGGACAACGCCUCCAAUCUGCCAAAAGACCACAGCGAGUUCAGCCACAAUGACAAACCUGGCAAACAUUCAAAAGAGACCAAGCUAACAAAAAGGAAGACACAUCCAAACUCCUAUGUGGAAUUAUCAAUUGACAAGAAGACCCAGAAAAGCAAGGUGGUGCAUGCAUCCAAAGACCCAGUAUGGGAGGAGGGGUUCACAUUCUUUGUGCACAAUGUGGACAACCAAGUGCUCCACGUCCAGGUGAAGGAACCUGAGAGUAAGUCCGUACUGGGCUCAGUCUCCCUGCCUCUGACCCGUCUGAUGAACACGUCGGACCUGGUCCUGGACCAGCGCUUCCAGCUGGAACGUUCUGGAACCAACAGCUUCCUCAAGAUGAAGGCCACACUCAGGAUCCUAAAGUUAGAGAAAGCAGAACCAAAGCCUGAGGUGGUGGUCCCGCAGCCCCUGCAACCAGCACCCCAGAAUCGGCAACGCCAGCCGCAGGCUGCCCAGUCAGGACCCGUGCCCCCGUCACCGGCCCCAGCGGCCAGCGCCUCCAACGGCCUCUACCCCGGGUCUCAGACGGCCCCAUCCACCCCAUCAAUGCGCCGCUUCGACUCGCACAGCCUGCUGUCUGACAACUCCAUCGCCUCCUCCCGCAUGGACCUUGUGGAGGCACUCCCUUACCCAGACGCCAUACUGAAUCACACUGGAAGCUUUGGGGAGAUUCAGCUGACUAUAAAAUAUGCUAAACUGAGACAGAAACUCGUUGUCCUAGUGAACUCCUGCAGGGACCUGGUCCCCUGCUCGGAGAACGGCUCUGACUCUUAUGUGCGAAUCUAUCUGCUGCCAGACCAGACGUGGAGGCACCGCAUGAGAACUCCGGUCAAGAAGAGGACUGUGAACCCAGUCUUCGAGGAGAAGUUUGAGUUCUCUGUAUCGCUGGAGGAGGCCAAGACCAGGAAGUUGGACGUGGCUGUGAAAAACAGCAGAAUGUUCCACGCCCGAGAGCGUAAGGAAAUUGGAAUGGUGCUCAUUGAUUUAUCCGGCCUUGACAUGACCAUGGGCUCCACAGAAUGGUAUGAGCUUACCCUGCCAGGGCUGAAGAAAACCUAGUUAGUUGGAGGAACCAUUUCUCUACAUGGUUGUCCUCAAAACGGAGCAGCUGCCUUGAGGUCAAAUAGAGUAUAAGAAAUGAUAGAGACAUUCACAAGACUGGUUAUUUUAUGGAUAUUUUAAUAUUUUAUAUUUAAUGUGUUGUCACUUUUCUAAUGAGAGAUGAAGUGUCUCUAAGCACUCUUUUGGAUUAAUUUGGCAAGAGUUGCACUCUGUAAAGGUCAAACUGUGGUUCUUGUGUUCAGUAGAUGAGGUCACAUCUACUCAUCAUCUGAUGAGGUCAGUACAUGAUCUGUACCAUACAGUAUGUGUGUGCACUGGACUGUGAGCCAAAGUAAAUGCAAAGGUCAAUUUUUUUAUAUCUAAAAAUGAUACAUUCUGGUACAUCCAAGGGACAAAUCAGUCCACUACUUAGUGGGAAAGCUUCGAUCUUAUGCAAAAGAUCUUUGCACUAAACUUCUUUAAGUCAUAGCACACGGGUAUUUUGCCAUUUGCCAAAUUUGUCUGCCAUUUGUCUGACAUUUUGUAUGUCACUGUAAGCCUGUAGGUUAUUUCUCAGGAGGUGGUUGAGGAGUUUCCAAACUAUGUUAUGUAAGUUUGGCAUCACAUAUUUAACAACAGUAAAUAUUUCUUGUAAAAUGAGAUAUAAAAUCUUUGAAUAAAAACAUCUAUAUUGUU